AAGAAAAGUGCAAUACAAAGUUUUAUAUAUUUUAAUAAGAAGGAAAUUAAUUAAACCUAGAAUUAUAUAUCAGGCGAUCAAGGAAUGGCGGAUUAUUCUUCUUGUUCAACAGAAAAUAGAAGUCUGUUUACCCCUUGUGCUGCGUGUAAAUUUCUCCGUCGCCGAUGUUUGGAAGAUUGCCUGUUAAAGCCUUACUUUCCACCCAAUGAGCCCAUGAAAUUCAUCGUCGCUCAUAAAAUAUUUGGAGCAAGCAACAUCAUCAAGUUGCUGCAGGAGCUUCCAGCAACACAAAGAGCAGAUGCAGUUAAGAGCCUUGUUUAUGAAGCAAAUGCAAGGAUGAGAGAUCCAAUAUAUGGAAGUGCUGGUGUAAUUUCCCAUCUUCAUGACCAAAUGACUAAACUCCAAGCACAGGUUGCUUUGACACAAGCUCACAUCUCUAAUUUACAAUCCCAAAAUGCAUAUUUGAUGACUUUAAUACCCAAACAACAAUCAUUAUCAGAUCAUUAUUAUCCAUUUCAAGAUUCAACCCCUUUGUCAUAUGAUGAUGAUACUGAUAUUUGGCAUCUUGGUGAGACAACUUGGGAGUCUUUCUGGUCAUGAGAAUAUAACAAAUUAUUUCAUCUAAUUAUAUAUACUUAUUGUUUUUUAAUGGAGGGGUACGUAAUAUUUGAAAAGAUUAUGAUGAGGUGGAAAAUCAAACUCUCAUCAACAAAGCUAAAGUUCAGAUACCAACUAAUAGAUCAUUUAUAAUGUAUGUUAUAUCAUUUUUUAU